AUGGCUGAAUUUAACCAUUGUAUAGCUAUAACAUUAUCAGUACUAUUUCUUUUAUUUGUGUUGGGUACUUUUAUUACUGUUGAUAAUCAAGAUAUUCCUAAACAAGAUAUAGCAAAAUAUACAGGGUAUCCAUCAUGGCAUCCUCCAGUUGAUGGAUUGAAUGGUAGUAGAGGCAACGAUGAACCAUUUGUUGGAUUGUUGUUUUACGCGACUAUUGUAAUGGUUUCUUCAUUUGAAUUUAAUAAAGCUUUAGGUGUUUAUUGUUUAGUUACAGCAUUUACGAAUGUAAUAUUGUUUUGGGCAGAUAUAGGAAAAAUAUGGGCAGCAUUUGGAUUAAUACAUAACGCACUAGAAAUUAUAAUCUUAGUUAAUAUGCAUUAUGGAGGAAGAAUUAAAUCAAACACAUUUAUUGGAUUUUUUUUACUUUACGUUUCUAUUACUGCUGGAAUAAGUUUAUUCGCAACUUGGCCUUAUGAUGCAUUAUGGUUUAAAAUGCAAGGUCUUUGUAUGGAUUGGGCACUUGUAAUUCAAUUCACACGAACAUAUUUUAACACGAAAAAACAUAUUAAGAACGAAUCUGAAGUUAAUCCAUUAAUUAGAGAUGAUGAUAAUGACGAAAGAGGAGAAAGAAAUGAUGUUGUUUAUAAUUCAGAAAAUGGUGUAAUUGCUCAUCAUCCAUAUCAAAUAUUGUUAUUAAUCGUAGCGUCAGGAUUUCAUAUAUUUGCAUUCGGUUUUACCUACACAAUUACAUAUCCUGCAUACGCAUGGUUUGUAUAUUUGGAUACCCAAACAAUUACAGUUCUUCCACGAAAGGUUAUUUAUUUACCUGAUACCACUCGUUGGAAAAUUGUAGUGGUAACAAUUUGUUCAAUAGCGCUUUCUUUCUUAACUACUAGAUUAGGUUUACCCAGUAUAGGUUAA